CCGACUGCAUCCAACCAAUAUGGCUUCUGAGGCCGAUAUCAAGAUCGAGACGCCCGCGUACGACUACCGGUUCCCGCACACCUCGUCGCACACCAAGCGCUGCUGGGUCAACUACAACCUCUACCAGCGGUGCGCCAUGGACAACGGCGAGGACCACCCCGACUGCCGCAAGUACUACAAGACCUUCCGGUCCAUCUGCCCCGAUGCCUGGUGGGAGAACUGGGACGAGCUCCUUGAGGAGAACCGCUACCCAGUCCAGUUUACCGCCCUCAGCGACGCUGGCCACUGAUGCCACUCGUGACAUCCAAGCUCUCCCUCUUCUCCCCUGAAGUGGCCCGAUGAAAGCAACGUAGUCCA